UGACAACAUUACACAACAACAACUGUCUUUCACGUGGAAACUGAUCUCUCUCGCCCUUUCUCUCAAGCUUAUUUCUUCAACUCUGUUCCUAUCCAAAUUCCAACAACUGGGUCUUGUUGCAAGCUCCAAGAAGGUAAGUGCUUGUAUGCUCUUUGUCUUUCUCCAUAAUUUGCUCCGCACCAGCAAAUCUGAAUAGCAUGCAGCAUGUUUUGAACCAUUUCCUGCUGUUUUCUUGCUUCUCUGUCUCCAUUUUCACUGUCUGUGGUUUGAACUCUGAUGGUGUAACUUUGUUGGCACUUCUGCGGCACUGGACAUCAGUGCCUCCUCCUAUAAGCUCGAGCUGGAAUGCUUCCGAUGCCACUCCAUGCUCGUGGGUAGGAGUGGAAUGUGGGAGUUCCCUCAAUGUGGUCUCACUAGUUCUCUCCAGUCAAGGAAUUUCGGGUGGUUUAGGACCCGAAAUCGGGCGCCUCAGUAAAUUGCAGACCAUUUAUUUGAGUAAUAACAGUUUCUUUGGUGUCAUACCGCACCAGCUAGGAAAUUGUAGCCUUCUUGAGGAAUUAGACCUGUCUGUAAACAAGUUUACUGGAGAAAUACCAGAUAGCUUGAAGAACUUGCAGAAUUUACGAACAUUGAGCUUUUAUGAAAAUAUGCUGACUGGUGGCAUACCCGAAUCCUUGUUUCAGAUUACAAACUUGGAAUCUGUGUAUCUAAACAAUAACAAUUUGAGUGGCUCAAUCCCUGCAAAUGUUGGGAACAUGAGUGAGGUUUUGAGGCUGUACUUAUAUGGUAAUCAGUUGUCGGGGACGAUUCCUUCAUCCAUUGCAAAUUGUAGUAAACUGGAGGAACUUUUUUUGAAUCAGAAUCAGCUGGUGGGUGUUUUGCCUGAGAGUCUAAACAGUCUUGGGAACAUUGUUUAUUUAGAUGUCAGCAAGAAUGGUCUUGAGGGUAGAAUUCCUUUGGGUUCAGGCAGUUGCAAGAAUUUAGUGUUUUUGGAUUUGUCAUACAAUGGUUUUAGUGGAGGUAUUCCACAAGGCUUGGGCAAUUGUAGUAGCCUAAUGGACUUUGGUGCUGUGAGUAGCAACUUAAUGGGCAAUAUACCAUCUUCCUUUGGUCUACUACGUAAGCUCUUACAUCUUCAUCUCUCUGAAAACCGUUUGUCUGGGAAAAUACCACCUGAACUUGGGAAGUGCAAGUCCUUGCAAAGCCUACAAUUGUAUACAAACCAACUCGAGGGGGAAAUUCCUUCCGAACUAGGGAUGCUGAGUGAAUUGCAGGAACUUGAAUUGUUUAACAAUCGUUUAAUGGGUGAGAUUCCUGUUAGCAUUUGGAAGAUUCCAAGUCUAGAGCAUCUUCUUGUGUAUAAUAACAGCCUUUCUGGUGAACUACCUCUUGAGAUGACGGAGCUCAAGCAACUAAAGAACAUUUCAUUGUUUAACAACAAGUUCUUUGGAGUGAUACCUGAAGGUUUAGGGAUUAAUAGCAGCUUAUUACAGUUGGACUUCACUAAUAAUAAGUUCACUGGUAAAAUCCCACCAAAUCUUUGCUUUGGAAAGCAAUUAAGUGUGCUGAAUCUGGGUCAGAAUCAAUUUCGAAGUAGCAUACCUUCUGAUGUAGGAAGCUGUUCAACUCUGCGAAGAUUAAUACUUAAACAAAAUAACCUCACAGGGGUUCUUCCAGAGUUUGUCAAAAAUACAAACCUUUUAUUCAUGGACAUCAGUGUAAAUAGUAUUGGUGGAGCAAUUCCAUCAAGCCUGGGAAACCACACCAAUCUCACUUCCAUUGAUAUGUCAAGGAACAUGUUUACUGGGCUUAUACCCCCAGAGCUAGGAAACCUUGUGAAUCUUCAGAGAUUGAAUUUUUCCCACAACUACUUGGAAGGUCCAUUGCCAUCUCAGCUGUCAAACUGUGCAAAGUUAGAGAGAUUUGAUGUGGGUUUCAAUCUAUUGAAUGGUUCAAUUCCGUUGACAUUGAGAAGCUGGACAGGUUUAUCCGCAUUGAUUUUGAGAGAGAAUCGUUUUACUGGGGGUAUCCCAUCUUUCUUGUCAGAAUUUGAACAACUUUCAGAGCUACAACUUGGCGGAAAUUUGUUUGGAGGAGAGAUUCCUCCGUCCAUUGGAGCGCUGCAGGAUCUAUUCUAUGCAUUGAAUCUCAGCAGUAAUGAGUUAACAGGUCAAGUUCCUUUAGAGCUUGGGAAAUUGAACAGGCUACUACGAAUGGAUAUAUCUCAUAACAAUUUGACAGGAACUUUAACAGCUCUAGAUGAAAUCCAUUCACUAGUUGAGGUCAAUAUUUCAUACAAUCACUUCACAGGUCCUGUACCACAAACACUGAUGAAGUUUCUGGACUCAUCUCCAUCAUCAUUCUUGGGCAAUCCCAGCCUAUGUGUCAGUUGUCUUCCGUCAGGUGGCUUAACUUGCACCGGAAACAGCAAUUUCGGGUCUUGUGACCAUCAAUCAAGCAAUAAAAAAGGCUUCAGUAAAUUAGAAGUUGCAAUGAUAGCACUCGGAUCCUCACUAGUUCUUGUGUUUAUGCUUCUUGGAAUGGUGCUUAUGUUUCUUUUGUGCAGAAGACCAAAGUGGGAUGUUGAGACCACUGCUCAAGGAGGACCAUCUUCCCUGCUCAACAAACUCAUGGAGGCCACAGCAAAUCUAAACGAUGGGUAUAUCAUUGGGAGAGGAGCCCAUGGAACUGUUUAUAAGGCCUCAUUGGGCCCAAACGAAGUUUUUGCUGUAAAGAAGCUUGCAUUUGCAAGGAAUAAAGGAGGAAGCCAAAGUAUGGCUAGAGAAAUUCAAACAGUGGGGAAGGUCAGGCACCGGAAUCUGGUCAGAUUGGAGGACUUUUGGUUAAGAAAGGACUACGGUUUAAUCAUGUAUAGGUACAUGCAAAAUGGGAGCCUUCAUGAUAUUUUACAUGAAAUGAAUCCACCAAAAACUCUAGAGUGGGGUGUCCGCUAUAAGAUUGCAGUUGGAAUAGCACAUGGAUUGGAAUAUCUCCAUUAUGACUCUGAUCCUCCUAUAGUGCAUCGAGACAUCAAACCAAAGAACAUACUUUUGGACUCAGAGAUGGAGCCUCAUAUUGCUGAUUUCGGUAUUGCCAAGCUUCUGGAUCAGUCCUCUGCUUCAUCCCUAUCCAUCACAGUUGCCGGUACAACUGGAUAUAUUGCACCAGAAAAUGCAUUUACAACAACAACAAGAAAGGAGUCCGAUGUGUAUAGUUACGGUGUUGUUUUGCUGGAGCUGAUAACCAGAAAGAAGGCAUUGGAUCCAUCAUUUAUGGAGGAAACAGAUAUUGUGGGGUGGGUCAGGUCUGUCUGGAGGAAUACAGGAGAAAUCGAAAGGAUUGUUGACUCAAGCCUCAUGGAGGAAUUUUUGGAUGCAGAUAUCAGGGAACAAGUUAUUGUUGUUAUUCUGGUGGCUUUGAGAUGCACUGAAAAGGAGCCAAGCAAGAGACCAACAAUGAGAGAUGUUGUCAAACAAUUAUUAGAUGCAAUAGGCCCAAGAGAAGUUAAAAAGAGCCAGCCCGCUUAAGUUUCUAACUUGGUCGUGCUUUCUGGCCGGUAACCUUUUGUUUGUUUUCAUUUGUUCAAGGUUUAGUUCCUCUGAA